ACAGACACCUUCACACUCCCAGCAUAAACAUGCAUUCAUUCAACACAGAUAGCAUGGGUCUCAGCACGAUCACCACGCCCAUAAAUUCCGCUGAAGCCUCGAAACUCAGAGGUGUGGCUUUGGGAUUCGAGCUGCUCACCUGUUUCGUCGGGUUUAUUGCGUGUUGCAUUGUCCACUAUUGCCUGAAGACCUGCAAACUGAUUCAAAGUGGAACGAAGAUUCAGCUGCAGAUAUUAUUCACCACCAAUUUCAUGAUCUGCCUCUUCGCGCUGCCAAGUUAUGCAUCGAUUGAGUACCGAAUAAUGAGUGGUGUGCAAGCUAACAAGACGUCAGUAACAGUUUUUACGUUCCUGUUCACCCUGGCUACAAAGACUGAGCGUAUUACCGUUAUGUUAAUCGCUAUCUAUAGAAUGAUGGCUGUGUGUUUCCCUCUCAAGUACAGGUACUGGUCUCAAAAGAAAGUGGUAUUACUGGUAAAUUUAAUUGCCUGUUCACCGAUAGUCCUGCUGCAGACAAUAACGCUCUUUAUAAAGGCUGACUCAGGCAUUGAAACAUUCGAUCCUAACACCCAUUUCAUGGAUAGUAUAAUGCAGUAUGGAUUCAUCUCGGUGCCAACGGUCAUUUCGCUGAUCGUCUACCUUGUCUUGGCUUUGUUCAUGCUAUGCAAGAAGGGAUCCAUUUCACCACCUGACAGUUGCGAAAGAUCUGUAAGAAUCUUCAUUUUGACCAACACUCUAUUCGAAGUUCCAGACAUAAUCAUGCACGCAGCCAAAGCUACUGUGGAUAAUGCUGCCUUUAUUAUCAUCCAUGUGAUAUACCGAAUUCACUUUGCCCUCGACCCCAUUCUCUUCGUGGGCCUCAAUGCAAGAUACCGCCAGAUGGUGUAUCAGUGCUGUUCCUCAAAUAUUCGCGUGCGAGAAGCCGUCACUGACACCAAGGGGGAGGACACACUCGAGAGCAAUUGUUAGAGAAGCGUCCAGACGAGAGAAAACAAGCCUGCUUUUCCCUCGAUUUUCCUCCACUUCAUAUGAUAUAGCCUAAUGUUGACUGUUCAAGAAACCUUGCUUAAACUGAUUUGAUUCCAAAUCUGUUAAUGUGAUUUCCCAUUUUCUGUUACUAGUGCAUUCACCCCUUUCACUGGAAUUAGAAACGUUAAUUAGUAAACCAUCUAAACUCAAGUUCACUGACUUAUCAUACUGUGAUUCUGUAAUUCAAAAGAUGGAAGAAAUAUUUUGGUUGCAUCCUUUAAAAGAUAUUGUUGAGUUAGCCAAGAAAUCAUAUUUUCGAUUAAUCGAUUUUCGAUUAAUUUUGCUAAUCCUCUUAGAAAAAUUGGAUGACGUCAAGGUUUUCUCUGUGCACUUUACACCCCCCCCCCCCUCUCCAACGUCCGGAUCAAUAUUACAAUGGCCUCUGGUACUUUUGCACCAUGGUCUGAUUUUACAUUACUUUCCACUACCUGUAUGCCAUGCCUUCAAUAAAGAAUGAUGGUCUAAAGGUAUUUCACAUGUACAGUACAUUAUUUCUUAUUUUCUGGUAAUAAUUGACUCAUACCAGGUGCGGCAAUACCAUCAGAGCUACAUUUAGCUCGAUGCCUAAGAUGCCCAAGACAGUCACGGCAUUCCAGGGCCCGCCUUGACUCUAAGCAUUAUGUUACUGGAUACUUAACAGGGUACGAACAAUUGACUGUUUGUUCUAACAGCAAUAGGAAUAACGUGAUUUAAUUUCUUGAGAACGGGCCCGGGAUUGCCUGUAUAAUUACGCAAAAGCUCAACUACUUUGCAAACGGAUUGCAUGAUAUGAUGCCAUAGCUGUUGUGGACCGAGUCCCGGAUGGCACUUCAGGGGACCGUCCCAAAUGAGGGGGGUUAAGGGUUUAAUUGAGUUAGCUAGCCUAUGUUAUUCAUACAAGAAUGAAGA